CCGUUGCUUUCCAUCUCAUUCCCGUCUGUUUCAUUACUUUCUCUGCUUUCUUCAAUUCCAUCGCUGUUAUUAUUACUUUCAAUUUCUUCUUUUAUCAUUUUCAUCUCUCAGAUCUGUGCUCGAUCUAUCUCUUCAUCAUUCAGCCAUGGCUGAAAAGGAGACAAAAAUGAGGCUCAAGGUUGAUCUCCAGUGUGAGAAAUGCUACAAGAAGGUCAAGAAGGUUCUGUGUAAAUUCCCUCAAAUUCGAGACCAGGAAUUCGAUGAGAAGCAGAACAUUGUGACGAUUAAAGUGGUGUGCUGUAACCCAGAGAGGAUUAGGGAUAAGCUUUGCUGUAAAGGAUGUGGUGCCAUCAAGAGCAUCAAAAUUGUCGAACCGCCAAAGCCCAAACCGCCUGAGCCAGCGAAGCCGAAGCCGCCGGCCGAACCUUCGAAGCCCAAAGAACCCGAGAAACCCAAACUAGAGAAACCAAAGGAACCAGAAAAGCCUAAAGAGCCUGAAAAGCCCAAGCCGCCUCCUGAGAAGCCUAAAGAGCCCGAAAAGCCGAAGCCUUCACCUGAAAAGCCUAAAGAGCCUGAAAAGCCCAAGCCUCAACCCCCACCAACUGAACCAGAAAAACCACCAAAACCUCCGGAGCCGGCACCACCAAAACCUCCAGAGCCGGCACCACCACCAGCCCCAGCUCCGGGAAUACCGCCGCCAGAACCAGUUCCCAUUGGAGUGUGUUGUGUUCCAUGCUAUGAAGGAAGGCACGGUGGGCCAUGCUAUGGGGGUUACGGUGGGCCUCCACCAUGCUAUGAAGGGUAUUAUUAUGGCGGGAGGCCUGUUUAUGAUAGCUAUGGUGGAGGACGACCUUGCUACGUGAGCCCUUGUGCCCAGUACUUCCACGAAGAUAACGCAACAGGGUGCACAAUAAUGUGAGCUAAAGGCUCAUUAUUGAUGUGGUCUUGUAUGGAGAAUAAUAAAUAAUAAUAUAUAGCUAUAUAGCGUUAUAUAUAGAGAGAGAGAGAUAAAGUGGAUCGUCAUGAGUCUAAUCAAAUUUAUGUUCUUUGUUUUUGUCGUUGUAAUAAUAAUAAUAAUAAUAAUAAUAAUAAUAAUAAU